CUGAAAGCGGGAGCAACAAAUCCGAAUGGCAGAGUGGGUGGAGAAAAAAAAAAAAGCGGAGAGGAAAAGGCGUAUUCGAUGUGAAAGCUGGAUAGAGCUCUAGCAGCAGCAGUUGCCCCAGAUCAGAGUGGGAAGCAGGUGUUGAUCCUUCACCAUUACCACCUCCAACCAAGCCAUGGCACCCUCGUCGGCACCCAAGAAGGAACCUCUGGCCCCCGCGAGCAGCGAGGCUUCGGCCACGCCGCAUGCUGCCUUCAAUGAAACCCCCGAGUACCACCGAUGCAUCAUCGUGGGCGCCGGCAUCAGCGGCAUCGCCAUGGGCGUGCAGCUCCAGCGCAAGCUCAACGUCUCGGACUUUAUCGUCAUUGAAAAGACCGACAGCGUGGCGGGCACAUGGAGCGCGAGCCAGAACAACUACCCGCAGGCCGGCUGCGACGUCCCUGCGCCCCUCUAUUCGUUCUCCUUUCGACAAAAGACAGACUGGAGCCGCUUCUUUCCCAAGCAGGCUGAGCUGAGGGACUACUUCAACCUCGUCGCGGCCGAGUUUGGCCUGUUGGAGCGCAUGCGGCUUCAGAUGGUCGUCCACGAGGCCCGCUUCGAUGCAAAGACGAAGCUCUGGCAUCUGGCCACCGAGGACAUCGGUUCGGGCCCACAGGCGGGCAAGCAACACCAUUACGUCUGCAACCUCUUUGUCUCGGCUGUCGGUGGCCUUUCGACGCCCAAGGAGCCGGGCAUCGAUGGCUGGAAGGACUUCAAGGGCCCCCUCUUCCACUCGGCUCGCUGGGACCAGAGCGUCUCACUCAAGGACAAAAAUGUCGUAGUCGUGGGCAACGGCUGCUCGGCCACCCAGUUCAUGCCCGUGGUCGCAAAGGAAGCCAAGUCACUGACCCAGGCUGUGCGUUCCAAGCACUGGUACGCGCCCAUCCCUCACAACCCCAUGGACAAGCUGCCCGGCUGGCGCUGGCUCGUGUCCCACGUCCCCUUCUUCAUGUGGUUCCAGCGCUUCAUCAUCUGGUGUGUCAUGGAGUCCCACUUUACCAUUACGCUCCUCAACCCGCUCGGCAACCUGUUCCGCUGGGUGUGGGAGCGCAACUGCACCAACCACGCCCGCAAGCUUGCCCCCAAAAAGUACUGGGAUGCUCUCAUCCCCACGCAAAAGGAGGUCAUGGUCGGCUGCAAGCGACGCAUCCUCGACGAGGACUAUCUCAAGUGCCUCAACGAGGACCACGUCAAUCUGGAACGGUCAAAGAUUGCACGCAUCGAGUCCGAUGCCGCCGUCACGGCCGACGGCCGCCGCCUGCCCGCAGACGUCAUCAUCAUGGCCAACGGCUUUGCCACCAACCGGGCUGGGUUCCCCAUGCGCGUCUACGGCGCCAAGGGCCAAGAGAUUCGCGAGCACUGGAGCCAAUUUGGCGCAGGGGGUCCCGUCAACUACCGAGCGACGCUCAUGGCUGGCUUCCCCAACUACGGCAACCUCAACGGCCCCAACUCGGCCACAGGCCACCAGAGCCUCAUUGCCACGUCCGAAUCGCAGGUCCUCUACCUCCUCGAGGUCGCCAAGCCUGUCCUCAUCGACUCGCCCACGCCAGACGAGGCCACGCUCCGCCUUCACCUGCCUGGAAAGCAGGGCGAGGCCGACAAGGCCACGGAAGCCCAGCAGCUCAAAGUCGGACCGUCGUUUGACGUAAAGGAGCAGGCCGAGGAAGACGAGCAGUACUGGGUCAACAAGGCCAUGAACCAGCUCGUCUUCUCGACGGGUUGCGGCGCAUGGUACCAGGACGAAAACUCGGGUCGAAUCACGGCAAUGUACCCCGACUGGCAGUGGCGAUUCUACAUUCGCAGCAUCUGGCCCAACUGGGCCGACCUCGUCUACACGGGCCUGCCCGGCAACGCCCAGAUCCCAGCAUCGACCCCGUGGUGGAAGGUAUACGGCAACAAGGUGCUCGGUCUUGGAACGGUGCCCAAGGUGGACAAGACAAAGUACCCAAUCAAGACGCCUCCCAAGCCAACCAAGGCUUAAACUUCUUUGUUCUUUCAUCGUUAGAAUUUGACCAUGACUUUUGCCGCUUAUUUGACGAGUGUAGAAUCACAAAAAGAGGUGGGAGAGGAGA